UGUCGGUUCAGUCUGUACUCCGGUCCCUGCAUGGCAGCGGGAUUGCUAGGGAGACGAGGGAAUCCCCGGGUGUCGCCUCACUCCUGAUCAAUUUGCAUCAGCGUUACCAAGCUUGGUUGUCUGUCUCAGUCUGCCUGUUCCAUUCGCCGCGUCCACAAGCAUGGCUUGGAGUGAAGUAUAGCGCAACAUCAUCUCGGAUUGUCAACCGGUGUAAAAUAGGCUACAUAACCCAUGCUGAAACAACUUGUGUAUUUUAUAGAAUACAUUCAUCAGAAGAACCACGUAUAUUUUCAUUGAUGAGGUGCGGGCUUUUUUAGUUUGACAGAGCAGCAUUUUGGAUUGCCAGUGCCAUUAUAAAGUGCGCUUGGAUCCUAAUAGGCUAUUUCUUAUUUUGGCAAAAAACGAUAAGGAUUUACAUUGACAUAUUUUUUGUUUAUGCAGGCAACCACCAAGUGACUUCGAUAAUAUGGCAUUGAGCGGGACGCUUUUGCCAUCAAUAUCCACAUUUGCAAGCGGCCCGACUGUCAAGAAUAAAUCCAUGGGACAUGCGAAUUUGGUGAGUAUGGUCAAUCAUAGCAAUUUUCUAUCUCAACAGUCUGGGCUAUAGGCAUUAUUUAAUGGUAGGUCAGCUCAUAAUCAGUUGUGUUUAUGUCUUUCUAUGGACAUUUGUUUCAUUGCUUGACAUUAUGUAAUUGCUCGUAGUUCUUGUUGCUACAUUGUAUCAUUGCCGCACUCCAGCGCACGGCACCGCUGUAGGGGCGUGCGCCAGCCGGGAUACUAGUAUAAUUUUCAGCGUGGUCACUGACUGAAUGGAUGGUAGUCUACUAUAAGAUUUAGCUAUAAUUUACAGCAUAUACCCAGCAGUGGCAUCCUGUAUUGCUUUAUUAUGCCCUGAACCUUAGUCACUGUCCUAGCCGGCUACCACCCGGUACUAUGACCUGCACCUUAGAGUAGGCUACAUAAAGUCAUUGAAUACUGAUCACUUUAAUAAUGUUUACAUACUGUUUACCCACUUUAUAUGUAUAGACUGUAUUCUAGCCAUGGCUCAUCCUAUAUAACUACAGAUGUACACACCUUUUCUAUUCAUAUACUUUGCAUAUUGUCUUUACACACCAUUAUACAGUAUGUAGGCUAUAUAUAGUUAUAUACAUUAUAUGUAUAUAUCACAUUUUACAUUUACAUUUUAGUCAUUUAGCAGACGCUCUUAUCCAGAGCGACUUACAGGAGCAAUUAGGGUUAAGUGCCUUGCUCAAGGGCACAUUUACGUCAUUUAGCAGACGCUCUUAUCCAGAGCGACUCACAAAUUGGUGCAUUCACCCUAUAGCCAGUGGGAUAACCACUUUACAAUUUUGGGGGGGGGGGGGGGGGUGCAGUUUAAGAUGAGGGAGGCUGAUAAUUUUUUUAUGAGCAUGGCCUUAUUUCUAUUACAGCAUAUUGGAUGACAGUCAUUCAUAUUCCAUUCGCCCAGCUCAAUGUAACAUCGAUAACUUUAGGCUACUACAUGAUACUCAAAUUUUGCCUGUACCCAGAAUGAGGUUGCUACAACCUAGCCUAUGAAUGAAAGUUUAUAACAUAGGUGCACACAUCAAGAGAAUUUUGAAUAAUCAAGGUGACAGACAGUGACACAUUCAAUACCAACUUGCACACUCUUGCCUGCAUCUAGCUGAUCUAGGGCAUAAUCAUUAGUCCAACAGUUGCAAAUUAGAGUUUCUAUUGGAGAAAUUCAGGUAUGUUUAUCCCCGUUUUGUUCCAUUUGCUUCUGUUUAAGAAACAUUUUUCAACAUAAUCGGCGGAAUGAAUACACCCCUGAUCACACACAGUUCACUUUCAUAGCAGCCUCAUAAAAACAGCAUGAUCACUUUGCUCGUCCUUCUCGCAACUAUCUACACGCUCUCCUCCUCUCACCUUUUCCCUUCGCUUGUGGACUUCAGUGCACAACACAUCAGCUGUCUGUGACCAGGCAAAAAAAACUUUCCAAGCCAAACCUUCAUAUCAUGACCGCUAACCGCUACACACAGCCUACAUUGUUGUCAUGUCAUAGUCAACAUAGCUACUAGACCUAACACGUUAGUAAACCCACUACAGUCAUGCAGUACAGUGUACAGUCAGAAAGCAGUUUAGCAGUUACACCAACGGGCCCCAGUGGCAAUAAGUUAAUAAAACCAAAAGCUUACCUUGACUUGGAAGAGUUCUAGUGUUGGAUAGACAAAGCCAGCUAGCUAACAUAGCAUGCCUUUAUCUUUGAGCCGGGUGUUUGAGUAGGCUAAACUAGCUAGCUGCAUUUGCUAGCUAAGUGAAAGUGAAAGUUUAAAAAUCUCUCUCUCUCUUGCCUCUCCUUAAUUUUGGAAGAAAUUAAUUUGUUCAAAACUGUUCAUCUAUUGUUUUUCUCUCUUUGAGUCAACUACUCACCACAUUUUAUGCAAUGCAGUGCUAGCUAGCUGUAGCUUAUGCUUUCAGUACUAGAUUCAUUUUCUGAUCCUUUGAUUGGGUGGACAACAUGUCAGUUCAUGCUGCAAGAGCUCUGAUAGGUUGGAGGACAUCCUCUGGAAUUUGACACAAUUACUGUGCAAGUCUAUGGAACGGGGUGAGAACCAUGAGCCUCCUAGAUGUUGUAUUGACGUCAAUGUAUCCAGAGGAGGACAGAAGCUAGCUGUCGUCCAGCUACACCAUGGUGCUACCCUACAGAGUGAUGUUGAGGCUACUGAAGACCUUCAUUGCAGAACAGUGCAUUUUAAUAAAUUAUUUGGUGACGUGAAUAUAUUUAGUAUAGUUUUAUCUAAAAAGGAUAACUUUUUGUUUAAAGGAAAUUCACUGUGGAGGAUGGUCCUCCCCUUCCUGCUCUGAGGAGCCUCCUCUGGAUAUAUUUAUAUUCCGGUCUCUGACAUUGCUUGUUCUGAUAAUUCUUAAUUUCUUAAUGAUAAAUAUUUUUAAUUAUGUGUGUAUUGUGAUUUUUUUUCUUUUCUUUACUGCUAGGUAUUACUGCACUGUUGGAGUUAGAAACACAAGCAUUUUGCUGCACCUGCGAUAACAUCUGCAAAUCUGUGUACACGACCAAUACACUCUGAUUUGAUUUGAAAAUAUUUAGGCUGUUGCCAAUAAUGUGAAUAUAAUAGAAUAGCCUACCAAAUGUGAGUUGUUUUCAAGGAGAAGCUCAUCCAGAUCUCUUGUGUUAUAGCAGCCUAAUAAACUGGAACUAAUCCAUACAUGUCUGGGAUUAUUGUACAUGUCUGGGAUUACACAAGCGUAUUUGAGACACACUGAUAGAUAUGACCAAGAAUCACUUUCCCGUUUCAGUUAGACAGAAAGAAGAAAUUAAUCUACAGGUACUUACAUUUGGCAAUAAAAUGUUUUGACCAAGGGCACACAGUCUGGGUGAGCAGACUCACCUCAGCCAGACUCUCAAUGACUUAGCACCAUUAUAUCAGGCAGUCUUCAGCAUUAUGUUCAUGGAUUAACUAUGACCUCAGGUCUCUUUCUAUCCUCAUAUUGACUUUAAUGUGUGGUUCUCUUGUCUUCCCUAGAGAUGGAAGGAGGAGCUGUCCCACCUGAAGAGGAGCAGCUGUUCUGACCAGGACAUCUCAACUGGAAUGGCCAAGAAAGAACCUGAAGAUCUGGACCUACUGGACUACGACUUUAUCCUGUCCAACACUAUGCUACAACAGCAACAGCAGGAACAACAACAGCAGGCUGAGGCUAUGGCAGCGAGCGGGUCCCAGAACCUGUCCCCUUCCCCGGGCUCCUACUCCUCCUACCAGCUCCCAUCUCCCCAGGACUCUGCUCACAGUGACAUGCUGUACACUAUCCCUGAUAUCAGCGACGUAUCCCCUUCUGGGGGGUUCGUAGCGGAGCUGAUGAGGCCUGAACUGGACACGGCGUACCUCCAUCCCACCAGCCUGCAUGGAAAGUUUGUGGUGAAGUCCACCAUGGAUAUGGCAGAGGUUGGCCACAGCAUUAAUGUGAGUAGUAAGGCUGGUGUUGGUGUUGGCGCUACCACGGACCCCUCCUCCUCGUUGCCAUUUAUUUGCCAUAGAAUAAAGCAGGAGAACCCCAGCACGUGCACCAUCACCCGGCCCAUGGACCUCCACCUUGGGGGGAUGAACUCACACUCCCAGCCCAGGGCUGGUCAGAGGCCCCACCUCGACCCACACGGUUUCCCCCCAGGGGGGCGCCCUAUGACUGCCAGCCGAUCAGCCUCAUCUCUGUCUCCGGACCACACACUGGCCAGGGACCACCACCCCUCCAGCCAGGUGUUAACCCACCCCCAAAUCCCCCUGCCCAGUCCGGGCUACCACCACACCUCUCCGACAGGUUACUCUCCCUUCCCACAGCAGCAUGGGUCUCUACAGUACCAAGGUCAGUUCAACUUCAACUUCAAUCUAAGUGUUUUUGACCAAGAGCCUUUUUUACACAACAUUCCUCAUUUUCUGGUGCCUGACUGAGGAAAACAUUGAGGUGAUGAUGCUCAUCACUCCACCCUCUUCUCUCCUCCUAGAGCUCAUGUCCCCUGGUGGAGACAGUCUACCAGAGGAGCCCAAACCCAAACGUGGUCGGCGCUCAUGGCCUAGGAAGAGGAUUGCCACACACACGUGUGACUAUGCCGGCUGUGGAAAAACCUAUACCAAGAGCUCCCACCUCAAGGCACAUCACCGAACACACACAGGUUGGUACACAUGUUGGUUUUCUCAUUGUAAAAACGCAAUUUCUGAAGGUUUUAUGAUGUCAGGAGGAUUUUAGAAGGCACUUUCUAAUUCUUAUUGCAUCGCUCAGUUAUGAGUUUCAUUAAUGUAGUUUAUGGUUUAUGAAAUGGUAGGCCUUUAGUGAUUAACAGCAGGAAACUUUGACAUGGAGUUUUAUAUCGGAUUAAUAUUAAAUGUAAUUUUCAUUUUGUAUUAAUUUAGUAAUGAUUUGGUAUGGAGACAGUCUGUAGAAGGGAGACAUACAUUUAAUGGCUGGAAUAAUCCAUUUAAUUUGUUGAAAUGGAACAAUUUGUAACAGGCAGCAAUGUGACCCUUGUGUUUUAACUGCACUAUAGAGCUACAAUAUGACAAUUUUACUUAUUCAUUCAUUCAUUAAUUUUUUAUUCAGUAAUGCCAGUUAAUUUCCCUCAGCAGUACACUAUAUGUUCACCUAUAUAGGCGGCAGGUAGCUCAGUGGUUAAGAGCGUUGUGCCAGUAACCGAAAGGUCGCUGGUUCUAAUCCCCGAGCCGACUAGGUGAAAAAUCUGUCGAUGUGCCCUUGAGCAAGGCACUUAACACUAAUUGCUCCUGUAAGUCGCUCUGGAUAAGAGCGUCUGCUAAAUGCCACAAACAAAACACCUAUAACUAUUACCUUUCCUGCUACCUACCCCAUGCUGCUUGGCCCUGGCAUAACGGCUGUUGUAUUGCUAGCAGUAAAUUACUCUACUGCGUCAUCAUGGUAAAAUAGCGAAAAAGAGAGAACAGCAGCCCAGUUGGCAGGUGUCAUGAACAGGCAUUUAAACAGCAGCAGCAGGUUGAUACUGAUCACUUUUCAAAUACAACUGUAGGCUGAUUAGUUUAAUCUUUAUGCGCUGCAGGACAGGACCAAACUCUUUCUGUGUUGAGGAGUGGAGAGUUUGGUCUGUUUUUACUCUAGGGCAAACAAACAAAAUUCUAACUUCCUUGUUUGUGUGUCUCUCUCUCUCUCUCUGUCUUUGUGUGUGUGUGUGUGUGUGUGUGUGUGUGUGUGUGUGUGUGUGUGUGUGUGUGUGGUGUGUCGUUAAUAGGAGAGAAGCCUUAUCACUGUGACUGGGAGGGCUGCGGCUGGAAGUUUGCCCGUUCGGAUGAGCUCACACGGCACUACAGGAAACACACCGGGCAUCGCCCAUUCCAAUGUGCCAAGUGUGACAGGGCCUUCUCAAGGUCCGACCACCUGGCACUACACAUGAAGAGACACCUAUGA